CCAUCUCAGAACAGUUUGUUCACUUCACUUAGAAGUGUGUUUGGGCCAAUAAAUCUAAAUUUAUUUGUAGUAGUCAUUUUUCUUAAUGGAAGUGUUUUCCAGAUGUUGCCUAAGUCUAGUCGUCUGGGACCUCUUCCAAUAAAUGAGGAAAGUUUAUUUCAUAGGUUGUCACUGUUGAUUUUGUCUAACCUUUGGACUAAUUGGUUCAUCCCAAUAUAUUUGCACUGAUAUAUAAGACCUUCAGGACACUGGAGAAAUUCAUCUCUUCUUUGACGGUGAGGGCUCAGUAUCAGAAAACAAUCAUGGAGUGGAAAAUACUUCCCAUUUUCUUGUUCCUGCCGCUUUCUGUUAUUUUGAUUCAACAAGUUUCUUCUCAAGAUUUAUCAAGCUGUGCAGGGAGAUGUGGGGAAGGGUAUUCUAGAGAUGCCAUCUGCAACUGUGAUUAUAACUGUCAACACUACAUGGAGUGCUGCCCUGACUUCAAGAAAGUCUGCACUAUGGAGCUUUCCUGUAGAGGCCGCUGCUUCGAGUCCUUUGCAAGAGGAAGGGAGUGUGACUGUGACUCUGAUUGUAAGAAGUAUGGCAAGUGCUGCUCUGAUUAUGACAAUUUUUGUGAAGAAGUGCAUAAUCCCACAUCACCACCAUCUUCAAAGACUGCACCUCCGCUUCCAGGAGCAUCUCAAACCAUCAAAUCAACAAUCAAACGUUCACCCAAAUCACCAAACAAGAAGAAGACUAAGAAAGUUAUAGAAUCAGAGGAGAUAACAGAAGAACAUUCUGUUUCUGAAAAUCAAGAGUCUUCCUCCUCCUCUUCCUCUUCCUCUUCAACUAUUCGGAAAAUCAAGUCUUCUAAAAAUUCAGCUGCUAAUAGAGAAUUAAAGAAGAAACCCAAAGUAAAAGACAAUAAGAAGAAGAAGAGAACUCCUAAAAAGAAACCUACCCCAGAACCACCAGUUAUAGAUGACGCUGGAAGUGGGCUGAACAAUGGUGAUAUCAAGCUCAUCCCAACUCCUGACAUUCCCACCACUCAACGUAGUAACAAAGUUACCACAACUCCCAAGAUUACAACAGUAAAACCAAUUAUUCCUAAACCCAGUCUUCCACCUAAUUCUGAGACAACAAAAGUGACACCUUCCACAGCCAAUAAGGAGACAACAGUUGAAACAAAAGAGACUUCUACAACAAAUAAACAGACUGCUUCAGCUAAAGAGACAACUACUAAAGAUUCUGCACCCACAUCUGAAGUUCCUGCUACAUCUACACCCAAAGCUGAAACCACAACCAAAUCCCCUGCUCUCACCUCUCCCAAGGACCUUGUACCCACCACUCCCAAGAAGCCAGCUCCUGCUAUUCCUUCAGAGCCUGCUCCCACCACCAAGAAGCCUGUAUCCACCACUCCCAAGGAGCCUUCUCCCACUACCAAGGGGCCUAUACCUACCACCACCAGGGAGCCUGCACCCACCACCACGAAGAAGCAAAGUCCCACCAGUCCCAAGGAGCCUGCUCCCACCACCGUCAAGGAGCCAGCUUCCACCACCCCCAAGGAGCCUGAACCCACCACCCCCAAGGAGGCAGCUCCCACCACCCCCAAGGAUCCAGCUUCCAACACCCCUAAGGAGCCUGCACUCACUACCAGCCCCAAGGAACCAGCUCCAACCACCCCCAAGGAAUCAGCUCCCACCACCACCACCAAGGAGCCAGCUUCCACCACUCCCAAGGAACAAGCUCCCACCACGCCUAAGGAAAUUGCACCCACCUUUCCCAAGGAGCCAGCUCCUACCACCCCCAAGGAACCGGCUGCCACCACCCCCAAGGAGCCUGUACCUACCACCACCAAGGAGCCUGCACCCACCACCACCUCCAAGGAACCAGCUCCCACCACCCCCAAGGAGCCUGCACCCACCACCACCCCCAAGGAACCAGCUCCCACCACCCCCAAGGAGCCUGCACCCACCACCACCCCCAAGGAAUCAGCUACCACCACCCCCAAGGAGCCUGCACCCACCACCACCCCCAAGGAGUCUGCACCCACCACUCCCAAGGAGUCAGCUCCUACAACCCCCAAGGAACUGGCUUCCACGACCCCCAAGGAACCGGCUCCCACAACCCCCAAGGAGCCUGCACCCACCACCACCCCCAAGGAGCCUGCACCCACCACCCCCUCCAAGGAGUCUGCACCCACCACUCCCAAGGAGCCAGCUUCUACAACCCCCAAGGAACCGGCUGCCACCACCCCCAAGGAGCCUGUACCUACCACCACCAAGGAGCCUGUACCCACCACCACCCCCAAGGAACCAGCUACCACCACCCGAAAGGAACCGGCUCCCACCACCCCCAAGGAGCCUGCACCCACCACCACCUCCAAGGAACCAGCUCCCACCACCCCCAAGGAGCCUGCACCCACCACCACCCCCAAGGAGUCUUCACCCACCACCCCCUCCAAGGAGUCUGCACCCACCACUCCCAAGGAGCCAGCUCCUACAACCCCCAAGGAACUGGCUUCCACGAUCCCCAAGGAACCAGCUCCCACAACCCCCAAGGAGCCUGCACCCACCACCACCCCCAAGGAGUCUGCACCCACCACUCCCAAGGAGCCAGCUCCCACGACCCCCAAGGAACCGGCUCCCACAACCCCCAAGGAGCCUGCACCCACCACCACCCCCAAGGAGCCUGCACCCACCACCACCCCCAAGGAGCCUGCACCCACCACCACUUCCAAGGAGCCUGCACCCACCACCCCCAAGGAGCCGGCACCCACCACCCCCAAGGAGCUGGCACCCACCACCCCCAAGGAACUGGCUCCCACACCCCCUAAGGAGCCUGCACCCACCACUACCAAGGAGCCAACUCCUACCACCCCCAAGGAGCCUGCACCCACUACCACCACCAAGGAGCCUACACCCACCACCACCCCCAAGGAAUCGGCUCCCACCACCCCCAAGGGAUCAGCUCCCACCACCCCCAAGGAGCCUGCACCCACCACCACCAAGGAAACUGCACCCACCACCCCCAAGGAGCCAGCUUCUACCACCCCCAAGGAGCCUGCACCCACUACCACCACCAAGGAGCCUACACCCACCACCACCCCCAAGGAAUCAGCUCCCACCACCCCCAAGGAACCAGCUUCCACCAUCCCCAAGGAAUCAGCUCCCACCACCCCCAAGGAAUCAGCUCCCACCACCCCCAAGGAACCAGCUUCCACCACCCCCAAGGAGCCAGCUUCUACCACCCCCAAGGAGCCUGCACCCACUACCACCACCAAGGAGCCUACACCCACUACCACCACCAAGGAGCCUACACCCACCACCACCCCCAAGGAACCAGCUCCCACCACCCCCAAAGAGCCUGCAUCCACCACCCCCAAGGAGCCAGCUUCUACCACCCCCAAGGAGCCUGCACCCACUACCACCACCAAGGAGCCUAUACCCACCACCACCCCCAAGGAAUCAGCUCCCACCAUCCCCAAGGAAACUGCACCCACCACUCCCAAGGAGCCAGCUCCCACCACCCCCAAGGAACCAGCUCCCACCACCCCCAAGGAGCCAGGUCCCACCACCCCCAAGAAGCCUGUACCCCCCACCCCCGAGAAGCCAGAUCUCACCACCAACAGGGAGGCUGCACCCACCAUCACCAACGAAGCUGCACCUACCACCAAGGAGCCAGCUCCUGCCACCCCCAAAAAACCCACUCCAAGUUCUCCUGAGAUACCUGCUCCAAUCACCUCAGAGGCCUCUACUUCAACUACCACCAUGGAACCUCCCACUACUCCCAAGAACUCUGCUAAAUCAACUCCUGAGUCUGCUGUAGAACCCACGCCAAAGGCUGUUGAAAACAGUCCCAAGGAGCCUACUGUACCUACAACCAAGGCUCCUACAGUGACCAAACCUGAAAUGACUACAAGAGCUAAAGACAAGGACACAGAAAAGGACAUGUACACUAUACCUGAAAUGACAACUGCUGCACCUAAGACUGUAACAGAAACAGCAAUUAAAACAGAAGAAAAGGCCAGUGAAUCCAAAAUCACAACCACACAAGUAACAUCUACCCCAACUGAAGAUACCACGACAUCAUCCAAAACUACUCUUAAACCAACAACUCUUGUACCCAAAGUAAUGACAACAACAAAAAAGACAACCGAAAAGGCUAUGAGCAAACCUGAACAAACAACAUCAAUACCAAAAGAUAGAGCUACUAAUUCUCAAGUGACAACUCCUAAACCCCCAAAGCCAACCAAAGCACCCAAAAAGCCCACUUCCACCAAAAAGCCAAAAGCACCUAAAGGGAGAAAACCAAAGACCACGCCAACUCCCCCAAAGUCGACGACAUCAGUACUGCCUAAAACGAGCCCUACUGCUGUAGCAGAAGCCACGCUCCAAACCACCACCAUUCCUCAACAAACUCUCAACUCAGAAAUAAUUGACAUAAAUCCAAAGAAUGAAGACGCAGAUACUGCUGAAGGAGAAAAACCUCAGCUGAUUCCCAGGCCCCCUGUGUUAACUCCUAUCGUUAUUCCAGGCACUGAUUUCACAGUCAGAGGACACAAUCAAGGCAUUGGCAUCAACCCCAUAUUUCCAGAUGAGACUAAUUUAUGCAACGGUAGGCCAGUAGAUGGACUGACUACUUUGCACAAUGGGACAUUAGUGGCAUUUCGAGGUCAUUAUUUCUGGAUGCUAAAUCCAUUCACUCCACCAUCUCCACCUCGUAGAAUUACUGAAGUUUGGGGCAUUCCCUCCCCCAUUGAUACUGUUUUUACUAGAUGCAACUGUGAAAGAAAAACUUUUUUCUUUAAGGAUUCUCAGUACUGGCGUUUCACCAACGAUAUAAAAGAUGCAGGGUAUCCCAAACUGAUUUCCAAAGGCUUUGGAGGACUAAAUGGAAAAAUAGUGGCAGCUCUCUCAAUAGCUAAAUACAAGAACAGACCUGAAUCUGUGUAUUUUUUCAAGCGAGGUGGCAGCAUUCAGCAGUAUACUUAUAAACAGGAACCCAUCACAAAGUGCACUGGAAGAAGGCCUGCAGUACAUUACUCAGUGUAUGGAGAAACAACACAGGUUAGGAGGCGUCGAUUUGAACGUGCUAUAGGACCUUCUAAAACACACACCAUCAGAAUUCAGUAUUCGCCCAUCAGACUCACUUACCAAGACAAAGGUUUCCUUCAUAAUGAAGUUAAAGUGAGUACACUGUGGAGAGGACUUCCGAAUGUGGUUACUUCAGCUAUAUCACUGCCCAACAUCAGAAGACCUGAUGGCUACGAUUACUAUGCUUUCUCUAGAGAUCAAUAUUAUAACAUCGAUGUGCCUCAAAGGACAGCAAGAGCCAUUACUACUCGUUCUGGGCAGACCUUAUCCAAUGUCUGGUACAACUGUCCUUAGACUGAUGGGCAACGGAAGAAUCAACUAAUUAAAAUGAAGACAAGAAUGAUAAAUUUUGACACUGAAAUACAUUUUAUUAAUAAAGAAUGUUGAGAUAAGCACAGCAAUUUAAAUACAAAAAUGUUUUUAAACUUGACAAUCA